GCAGGAUGGAGGACUCGUUACCCCCGGUUUAUAUUUACAGCGCAGACUAUGUCCAUUUGUGUGAUACUGUGCUGAGCAAAGUUCCACGAAGGGCCAGUAUGGUACACUCUCUAAUAGAAGCAUAUGGACUUCUCAGGGACAUGAGGGUGAUAAAGCCAAAAGUUGCAACUAUGGAAGAGAUGGCAACAUUUCACACUGAUGCGUACCUUCAGCACCUCCGUAAGGUUAGUGACGAGGGGGACAACGAUGAACCUGAGACCACUGAAUAUGGACUGGGUUAUGACUGUCCUAUCACAGAAGGCAUAUAUGACUAUGCUGCUGCUGUAGGAGGGGCCACAUUAACUGCAGCUGAAGAGCUCAUGGAGGGCAAGGCCCGCAUUGCAAUCAACUGGCCGGGUGGUUGGCACCAUGCUAAGAAGGAUGAAGCAUCCGGAUUUUGUUACCUUAAUGAUGCUGUCUUGGGUAUCUUAAAACUGCGGCAAAAAUAUGAUCGUGUUUUGUACGUUGAUAUGGAUUUACAUCAUGGAGAUGGUGUUGAAGAUGCGUUUAGUUUUACUUCCAAAGUCAUGACGGUUUCUCUGCACAAAUUCUCUCCUGGAUUUUUCCCUGGCACAGGUGAUUUAUGUGAUAUUGGCCUUGGUAAGGGACGGUACUACAGUGUCAAUGUUCCACUACAAGACGGCAUCAAGGAUGACCAGUAUUACAAGGUUUGCGAAAGUGUCCUGAAAGAGGUGUUCAGUACAUUUAACCCCGGGGCAGUUGUCUUGCAGCUAGGGGCUGACACAAUAGCUGGAGAUCCCAUGUGCUCAUUUAAUAUGACCCCUGAGGGCAUUGGCAAGUGCCUGAAGUACGUCCUGCAGUGGCAGCUGCCUACACUCAUUCUUGGUGGAGGGGGCUACCACCUUGCCAACACAGCGCGCUGUUGGACAUACUUAACUGCUCUCAUCCUCGGCAAGACUUUAUCAUCCGAAAUCCCAGACCAUGAGUUUUUCACAGAGUACGGCCCAGACUAUAUCCUGGAAAUAACGCCCAGCUGCCGUCCAGACCGUAAUGAGGCCCAAAAAGUUCAGGAGAUACUGGGGUCAAUUAAAGAUAACCUGAAGAGAGUGGUUUGAGAAUAUCCAGCAUGAGAUGUUUUCCUCCUGUCCUGGCCCAUUCUGGGCUUCAGGUCCAUUUUAUAUACAGACAGUGCAUUGCUGGUGAUGUGUAUUUGUCUGAAUUUUACCUUCUGUCCCUCCUCUUACUCUGCGCAUUACCUUCCUAAACAUAAAAAUAUCUAUUUUUUUAUUGUUGCUUUUUAAUGUGUUUCAUAUGGAUAUUAAAAUGUUUUUUUUUUUAAAA